AUGGAGAAAUCUUUCAAAGAAAAACCGAACAGAACCUGUGAAAGCGGAGAAAAAAAUGGAGGGGAAGGAUUGAGUGAGGGAAAUUUGCAAGUACGCAUGGAAAAGAAGAAAUUAGAAGGAGAAGAAGAGUUCAGUUUGCCGACAGAGGUAUUGAACAAAAGGGCUGAUGAUUUCAUUGCGAGGGUAAACAGACAAAGGAUGAUUGAAGCUAGGCUAUUGGUCAUUUAUGAAAAUGUUGCUGGCAAGGUUGUCCUUAUAACCGGUGCAUCAUCUGGCGUUGGUGAGCAUUUGGCUUAUGAGUAUGCUAGUAGAGGAGCCUUCUUAGCUCUUGUAGCCGGGAGAGCAAGAAGUCUCACUGAAGUUGCAGAAACAGCCCGGUACAUUGGCUCUCCUGAUGUUAUCAUGAUCACUGCAGAUGUUCAGAGGGUGGAAGACUGUAGACGAAUGGUUGAGGAAACAGUGAAUUAUUUCGGUAGAUUGGAUCAUCUGGUUAACAAUGCUGGCAUCAAUGAAGUUGCUAUGCUUGAAGAAAUGGCAGAUAUCACCAGUUUUAGGACCAUAAUGGAUACAAACUUCUGGGGUUCAGCCUAUACAACCCGUUUUGCAGUUCCAUACCUACGAAAUAGUGGAGGCAAGAUUGUAGCCAUUUCCUCCUCCGGUUCAUGGUUACCGACACCAAGAAUGAGCAUCUACAACGCGAGCAAAGCCGCUAUGCUCAGUUUUUUCGAUACGUUAAGAGUUGAAUUAGGUUCGCGUGUUCAUGUAUUGGUUGUGGCAACUGGGUUCAUAGAGUCUGAAUUGAACCAAGGGAAGAAUUGGAUGAAGGAAAGCACAAUGGACGUGGAUCAAGACCUGAGGGAUGUUCAAGUGAGUGGUUUCCAAGUCAAGACCGCUAGCGGAUGCGCCAAGGACAUAGUGAACAGUGCUUGCCGAGGAGACAAGUACCUGACAACGCCGGCAUGGUUCCACGUCACCUGGGUGUGGAAAAUUCUCUGCCCUGAUGCCAUCGAAUGGUUUUACCGAUUGAUCUAUAUCACUAGAACAGACGAACCGGCAACAGAAGCGCCUAGCAAGAAAGUUCUUGAUGGCACUGGAGCCAAGAAAAUCCUUUACCCUGCAAAAAGAUCUAUAAAUAGUGAAAAGGUGGCAGGAAAAGUAGUUCUAAUCACCGGGGCUUCUUCAGGUAUUGGCGAGUAUCUUGCAUACGAGUAUGCUAGGAGAGGAGCAUGUUUAGCCCUUGCUGCUAGAAGAGAGGAACGUCUUUCGGCAGUUGCUGAUAAGGCCCGGCUGCUGGGGUCACCGGAUGUUAUAGUCAUCUCUGCUGACGUUUCAAAGGUUGAAGACUGUGAACGGAGUUGUCGUCUUACUACGAGUCAUGGGGUUUAUGCAACAGUGGAUCAUCUGGUGAACAAUGCUGGUAUUAUUCAAAUUGACAUGUUUGAGGAUUGCAAGCAAAUUCCAGAUUCUGAAACGCUUAUGAACACAAAUUUCUGGGGUUCUGUAUAUGUCAUUCGUUUUGCUAUUCCACACCUAAGGAAAAGUAAAGGAAGGAUUGUAGGGAUUUCUUCAAUUGCUGGAUGGUGCUCAGUACCUAAGAUGAGCUUCUACUGCGCAAGCAAGGCGGCCCUAAUCAGUUUUUAUGAGACACUGAGUGCUGAAUUUGGUUCGGAUAUUGGAAUAACAAUAGUCACUCCUGGUGUAGUCGAGUCAGAAAUGAGCCAAGGUGAUCUUGUAUCAAAGGCUAAAAUGGACUUGAUUCCUGCAGAAUCAACAGAAAUGUGUGCUAAAGCAAUCGUGGACAGCGCUUGCCGGGGAGACCGGUACUUGAUAGAGCCGUCUUGGGCAAGGAUUACGUUUCUGCUGAAAGUCCUUUGUCCUGAACUGCUGGAGUGGUGCUUCCACUGGGUAUUAGUUGCUAAGACUUCAAAGAAAAGGAACUAG